ACCUAGUAGCCCGAGGAAACCGAACGUAAAUGACACGAAAACGAAAGAAAGGAAAAAACUUGGAUUCGCGAGUUUCUCUGGCAGGUGCGAGGGAUCUAACGAUACAACCGUUCCAACCACUGCUGCUUGCCGAAAGGGUCCAUCUUUGAUUUCUGGUCUUUCUGCAUCGCAACAAUGGCAACGAAAAAGAAGGAUCUCUUCGACGAUGAUGCGUCCUCGUCCUCCUCCUCCUCGUCGUCCAGCGACGACGGCUCAUCGACCUCCUCGUCCUCCUCGUCGGCCGCGGCGAAAGGAUCCUCGGGAGACGGAAGCGAACUCCGCCUCACCGUGAACAAAUCGUUUGCCACCAGGUACCAGAACAAGAAGGAGCGGGAAGAACUGCAGCAGAUCCGCCAGCAACGACAGCGAGACGGCAUCGCGGACGGAGACUCAUCCGAAUCGGAUUCGUCCGACGAGGAAGAAGACGAGGACGGCGUCCUCUUCACCCCGUCCGCCAACGUGCAGUUCCUGAAAACGAUCAAGGCCCUGCGCAAGAAGGACGACUCGAUCUACGAUCCAAAGGCGCAGUUCUUUGACGAGCUCGUCGGGGACGGCGACGACGACAACGACGAGGGGAAAAAGGCGAUCCGAAAGCCCCAGCGGUACAAGGACGUGGUGCGAGACCACAUCCUGGAACAAAUGGAAGAGGACGAGCGGGGAAGCGGCGGCGACGCCGCGGCAAAGGGACCCUCCGGCGAUCCGCUGGCGCCCCGGUCGAAGCUGGGAUACGACGCGGAACAAGAAAAGCUCCGGGCCGCCUUUUUGACCGAGUCCUCCAACGCCGACGGCGGCGACAACGAAGACGACUGGAUGGUCGUCAAGAAAAAAGCAGAAACGCCCGCCGAAAUCGAAAAGCUGGAGCAGGAGGCAUCCAAAGAACUGAAGGAGAUCGAAAAGAUGUCCAAGAAAAGCAAGAAAAAGACUGGCAGCGGCGAAGACGACGUCUUCAAGGACCCCCGCGGCGAGGUCGGAGACGGGGAAAUGUUUCUCCUCGAUUUCAUCACCAACAAGAAAUGGAUCGACCACAACGACCUCGACCGCAACGCCGGCGACGACGACGAAGAGUCCUCCCUCGACGACGUCGAGCGUGCCGACGAGUACGAGUCGAACUACAACUUCCGCUUCGAGCAGGCCGCCCAGGAGACGGCCGCGUCCGGGGCAUCGCUAUCCGUACAGACCUACGCCCGCAGCCAGACCAUGAACACGGUGAGGCGGGAGGACACCUCGCGAAAGGACAAGCGGCAAGCCCGAAAGGAACGGAAGGCCGCGGAACGCAAGGCCAAGGAGGAGCAGUUGAAGCGCCUGAAAAACGCAAAGAAGAAAGAAAUGAACCAAAAGCUGUCGCAGGUGAAAGCAGUGAUUGGCGGCGUGGACGAAAGCGUGAUCGACGAAGCGGAAAUCAUGCAGAUGCUGGAGGGAGACUACGAUCCGGAGAAGUUCGAAAAAGCAAUGGAAAAGGCCUACGGAGAAGACUUCUACCAACAAGAGGACAAAGAAUGGAAGUCCGACCUCGACGUGCGAAAGACCCUGAAGGGCGACGAGGAGGGCGACGAAUUGGUCGGCCAGGACGAUCUCAACGGAGGAAUGUACGACAACGUCCAAGACGGGGAAGCAAACGAGGACGCAAUGGACGAUCCAGACUACGACGAGGACGCCGAAUGGGACGAAACCGAAUACGACGAUUCCCACGAAGAAUCAAAGCUCGAGAAGAAACUAAAGACAAAAAUGCAAGAGGAGCUCUACAAACUCGACUACGAAGACAUCGUGGCGGGGAUGCCGACACGGUUCAAAUAUCGCCAGGUAGAAUCCAAUGAUUAUGGUUUGACAACCCAGGAAAUCCUCUUUGCCAGAGACAGGACCCUGAAACAAUUCGUCUCCCUGAAGAAGAUGGCCCCGUACAACGAGCAGGGCGAGCACUUUGUUGGAAGCAAAAAGAGACGAAAAUUCCGGGAGUUGCUGAAAAAGGAUCUCGAAGAAGCCCUGCCGAAGGAAGAGGAAUCGCAACAAAACUUGGAAGCAAACCACGAACCGGAUCCCGUGCAACCCGAACCAAAGAAGAAACGACGAAGACUGAAGAAAGGAAAGAAAUCCAAGGAAAAUGCCGAGAACAACGACAAAACGCCGGAAACUUCCAAACCCGAGUCGGAGACCCAAACCGAAAAUGCGGGUGGAUCGAAAAAGCGAAGGAGAAAGAAGGGCGGUAAAAAGGGAGACACGAAAGAUACUACGGGCAGCAACAAAACCGACGAACCAACAAAACCCGUCGAAAAAAGCGACGAGACAUCAGGCGGUGCCAACAUUGUGCGCGAAGUUGCUUCCAAAAAGCGUCGCUCGAGCUCGAAAACUCCUUCCAGCGACGACAAGCACAAGAAGAAGAAGAAAAAGAAGGCAAAAGACAAAAAAUCAUCGAUUUCCGGCAUCUCUCAGUCUCGACUCGCUUCGUAUGGUUUAUAAGAAAACUAGUAUUGGACAGGAAUUGCCAUUUGGAUUAGAGCGAUACAAAUAUAGAAUAAUGUCAUGA